CUCGCGGCGGCCGGGGUAGGCGUGAGGCGGCGCGGCGGGCCACGGCUGAGCGAGUUUCACUUUCUGUCCCUGGGCUGCGCGGAGCGGGAAACGAAAACUAAAAGCGGCGGAGCGGGCGCCCCCUGAUGUGGCCGGCGAGAAAAGCGGGCAGGCGGCAGAGCUGAGCUCCGCUCCGCCUAGCAGCACCGCCGGGGCAGCCCGCUGCGCCGCUGCCCUCCCCGUCCCCACUGCCCGCCGCUCGCUGCCGCCGGCCGCGGGGCUCCCGGGUGGCGGCGGCUGGCCCGGCCCGCCGGAGUGAGGCACUGAGCUCCGGCGCGAGGAGACGCGGUGUCCGGGCCGCCGUCAGCGGGUGCGGUGUGAACGGGAGCGCCUGCCCAGGCUCGAAGCGCUCCUGGUCCUGCGGGAACUGGUAAAAAACCUCUUUCUAACGGUUUGUCAGAUAAGACGAGCCAGAGCCACAGUGCGCCGGGAGUAAAGGGGGGGGGGGGGAAGAAAAGGAGCCGAACAAAGGCGUCGUUUGACAGCGAAGUGGGAAGUUUCAGUCGCAUCCAAGAGGAGAGCGGAGGUGAGGGGCUCCAGUCCCCGCAGCAGCACUUCGCGCAGCACCUCAGGGCCGCCAUCUGUUUCUCGGGGGUCGCUGCCUCGCAGCCCCCUCCCGCCCCGGCGCCGCCCGCCAUCCGCCGCCCGCUCCCCGAGGUACCUCUGAGGAGAGAGGAGCCGCGAAGGUGGGGAAGGGGCGACGAGGGACAGAGGCCACCAGUGGCCCUCCUCAGGCGGAGUCCUCCUGUCUUUGUACAAUAUUGUUGAUGGGACAAAGAAUUGGACGUCAAGAAAGAAGUAAGAAACUAGAUCUGGUGCUAAGUGAGACCAUGAAGGCAGAAGCAGAAGUACAAAGUAAUAAAAAAGAAGCUGAAGAGCCAAAGGCCCAGCACCAGAGGCUAACACCAGUAUUUGGUGUGGCAGACUUAAAAAAUGGCAUCACUUCUUUUUUUAUGAGUACAGGAGCUAUUGGACUGUACAACGUUGGACAGAGCUGCUGUCUGAACUCUCUGCUCCAAAUGUUCUUCAUGAAUAUACACUUCACUAGGAUACUUCGAAGGAUCACAGUGCCACUACAUGCUGUGCAGAAGAGGAGGAAUGUCCCAUACCAGAUGCUCCUGCUGUUGGAGGAGAUGCAGUGUGGCAAGCGGAAAGCUGUUUCUCCUGUAAACCUCGCUUGCUGUCUUUCAGCAUACAAAGUAAAAUUGUUCGUACAGUAUGAUGCUGCCCAGCUCUUUCUGACUCUCUGGAACUUGAUAAAGGAGCAGAUGGCAAAGCCAGAGCUGGUUGAAGAGCUGAAUGGUUUGUACACUAUCUGUGUACAGGAGCACCUGGCCUGUCAGAAAUGCUCUCAUGAAACAAAGAGGAACAGCAGCAUGUUAACCCUUCCACUCCCAGUGUUGGAUUCCAAUUCUCAAGCACUGAGGACUCUGGAGGACUGUCUGCAAUACUUCUUCCAUCCAGAAGAGUUGAAUGUUCACAACAUGUGUUUCUGUGUACAGUGUGGAAGAAAAACACCUUUUCUGCAGAGCAUGAAGCUAGUCCAUCUGCCACAGACUCUGACAAUACACCUAAAGCGCUUCUGCUUUGAACAAUCAGCCUACAUUCACAAGCUUAGUCACUAUCUGCCAUUCCCACAAGACCUUGAUUUCAAUGCAAUCUUGACAGAAAACCAGUGCCAAGCAGAUGACAAUGAGAAGGCUGCCUGGCAGUACGAGCUUUUUGCCGUUGUUGCUCACUCAGGAUCAACUAGUUGUGGACACUAUUGUGCCUAUAUUCGAAGUCUCACAGAACAUAAAUGGUAUUGCUUCAACGAUUCUGAGGUUUGCCAGGUAUUGUGGGAUGAUGUUAAAUGCACCUAUGGACAUUCCAGCCUCCAUUGGGGAGAAACAGCCUACCUCUUGGCCUACAUGAAAAAACAUCCUCAGUAGCCUUAUCCAGGAGUUACCAGAAUGUCUCAGGAAGCUCUGCAUUGUCAAUUUUGCUCAGCACCUCUGUGCCAGUGUGGACAUAUACAAAUGUUCCACAAGAAAGACAUUCUGCACUCAGCCAGUGAUGACCUCUGUCUUCACAUUUGUUCAUGAAAAAAAGUGCAGGAGAGACUCAGCUAGAGAAAGGGUCUAAGAACUGUUGCACCUGGAAACUCUUUCAUGCGUUUUUUAUAUUUAUGUGAAUCUACUAUCUUUUAAAAGGAAAGUAAUAUAUAAGUCAGUCUUUCUCUCUUCUGACUUACUGGAUUCUUGAAUGCCGAUGCCUAGGUCCCAGUACAGGGGAAGCACUUGGCCUGAAAGCCUGCAUGAUGUCCAGGGAGGCACGUGGUGUGGCUGGAGAGCUGCAGUACCCAUACCUUGCUAGGAAGUCUGUAAGAGCUUGAGACUUACUCUGCCCUUUUAGAACCAUGUUAGAUGCUGGCAAGCUGGGCAGAGGACCCCAAAAGUCCUGAGAAACAGCUGGAGCAAGAACCAGAACCCUUAUGACACAUGCAGCAGUGAUGUUUGCUCCUUAAAACCUUCCUGAAAGUGAAUCACUCGCUGCAGGGGUUGAGAUGUGUUUGAAAGUUGGUGUCAUCAUAAAGAGGUGUUUUUAAAACAGGAACUAUUGUAGUAGUUCUGAUUUACAAGAUGAGUUUGUAUAUAUUUAUGCAGAUGGUUGUUGUUUUAGCAUGAUUAUUGGGUAUUUGUAAGCAUUUUCUUUCCUGUAUAGAGGAAAAAAUUCAGAGCAACAGAGAUUCUGAAGCUAGCUAGUGAUUUUGCACAAUACAGCCUAUACACUCUGAUAAGAGAAGUGAGAUGCCUUGAUGUAGUUGAACUUUUGGGAUUUUCCUUUAGUACUCUUCAGCUGGAAUCGUCUUGCUCUCUCCCUUCCUUCUCUGCCCAUGCAGUGGAAAUGUCCCUUAAGCAGAAAGUGUUCUGGAGAGAACAAUUUCAUUUAAAAAGUGAGUAACUUUUAAAUCUCCUGUUGAGUCCUGUCACUGUGCUGUUGGUUCAGCCUGAGCUCCCAUGGCAAGACGACACAGCUGGAGGGAAAAUGUAGAGAGAGCUAGAAAGGGAGGUUGGUAACAUGUGACAAUCAGAAGAGUGUUGUAGAAGUUCAUCGCAAGACUCAGCUGUGAGGAAAGUUUAAAAACUCUGGUUGUGAUGCUUUUAAAGCACUCACGGUGUUGUCUUGAUGUGCCACAGUCUGUGAAAGGAUCAGGGAUUCCAGUAGUUUGAGAUCUCGAAGUGCCUUCUAGCCCAACAUGUUCUUUGACUGUACCUUUACGAGAGUGCUAUUUCUGUGGGACUGAGCACGUUUUAAAAUUACUGAUUUUAAUUAUAUAUAUAACUUAAUUUUAUUUUGAUAAUGAUGAAGUUCCCAAAUUAUGUCUGUUUUCUGUUGGUAUGAUUUUGAGAAACCUUGGAGCAUAGUUGUGAAAUUACAUAUUUAUGAUCUAGCAGGUAUUUAUUUCACUGUA